AUGGAUUUCGUCAGGAACCUCGACUUUUCGCAGCAAACGCCUUUUGGCUUUCAUUUAUACCCAUUCUUUGAGAAGGCCUAUGAGGCUGUCACUGGUCAAGCUGCCGCUGAUUUCGCCUUUGUCCCAGGUGUCACCCCGCUGUCGACUGUCAAAGAAGUCUUCACAGCAUGUAUCACCUACUUUAUUGUCAUCUUUGGUGGUCGCUACCUUAUGACCAACAUGCAAGCAUACAAGUUCCAAUAUCUCUUCCAAUUCCACAACUUCCUCUUGACUUUGGCAUCCGGUGCCUUGCUCGCAUUGAUGAUUGAACAACUCUUCCCCAUCAUUUACAACCAUGGUUUGCUCUAUGCUGUCUGUGCCAAGGAUGCUUGGACCCAACCCCUCGAAUUGCUUUACUAUCUCAACUACCUCGUCAAGUACUGGGAAUUGUUUGACACUGUCUUUUUGGUUGUCAAGAAGAAAAAGUUGGAAUUCUUGCACUAUUAUCAUCAUAGCUUGACCAUGGUGCUUUGCUAUACUCAGCUUGGUGGCCGUACUUCUGUGUCGUGGGUCCCUAUUACUCUUAACUUGACCGUGCAUGUGUUCAUGUACUACUACUACUUCCGUACUGCUGCUGGUCACAAGAUCUGGUGGAAGCGUUACUUGACAACCAUGCAAAUCACUCAAUUCAUCAUUGAUUUGUUCGCCGUCUACUUUUGCACUUACACCUACUUUGCUUACACCUACUGGCCCCAUCUUCCCAACGUUGGCAGCUGUGCUGGUACCGAGACCUCUGCUUUGUUUGGCUGUGCUCUUCUCAGCUCCUACCUCUUCCUCUUCAUCAACUUUUAUCGUAUCACUUACAAGAACAAGAAGGCUGCUGCUGCUGCUGCACGUAACGCCAAUGGCAACGAGAAGCCCAAGAGCAAGAAGAUCUAA